AAUAAUAAAAAGAGAGAAAGAGAGAAAGAGAGAGAAAGAAAUGGAAGGGAAAGCCAGAUCGUCCGGUUUCUUGCGUCCAUGAUUGGUAGUAUCCGUUAGUAUACAUUCAGCCGUCGUUUGAGAUGGCAAUUGAAUCAAAUGACUUGAAAAACAUUGUUGUCAUUUGCUCUUGAAAAUAUAUAUCUGUAUCUUUUCAUUCUUAUUUUAAACUUAUAAUCAAAAAAUUUUUAACGUCGAUAUAUUAUUACAAAUUGUAUAGAAAAUAAGUCGAAGAAUCGUAAGAUCGGUAGCAUACCUAUAACACCUUUUAUAAAGGUGGCGUUCUUAAAGGCACUACAUCAACGGCUGAUGUGAAAUAUUUCAAUAAUAUAAUGGAUUGGUUUUGCUUAUGCAGCUUAUUUCUAUUUGGAAUAGUGACCAAUGCGAUAGCUGAACCGUAUUAUGCUAUCAUUGCACCAAAGAUUGUACGCCCUGAUUCAGAAUACCAUGUUACCGUAAGCACUAUCGGUGUCUCAACACCUUCAAACGUGUACAUCGAAUUGUUUGGUAAUCUUGACAAUGGAGAUCAUUUCAAUGUAUCUCAAAGUGUUACUGUAGAACCAUAUUCUACAAGAAUUGUCAGAUUAGAGAUCGGAGAUACUUCUCCAGGACACUACACACUUUUUGCACGUGGCCUGACUGGCAUUCAAUUUGCUAAUUCUACCGAAAUACAAUAUGUCCAUAAAAGUUAUUCUGUUUUCAUACAAACAGAUCGGGCGAUAUACAAGCCUGGAAAUAAAGUUAUGUUCCGUUGUCUUAUAUUAGAUUCUAGAUUGAGACCGAGUCUUACACGUCAAGUUGAUAUUCAUAUCACAGAUGGAGCUAAUAAUCAUAUUAAACAAUGGCAACGACCGCAAAUAACACGCGGAGUUUUUAGCAGUGAACUCGAAUUAUCUAUGUCUCCAGUUUUAGGAACUUGGAAGAUUGUGGUUAAUGUCAAUGAUCAAAUGUUUGAAAAAAAAUUUGAAGUCGCCGAGUAUGUGCUUCCUAAAUUUGAAGUAACCAUAGAUGCGCCUAAACAUUCUACAUUUAAAGAGUCAAAGAUUACCGCUACGGUUCGCGCAAAAUAUACUUAUGGAAAGCCUGUCAAAGGAGAAGCUACUAUAACAGCUUUCCCAAAUAUUUUCUCAGGAGUUAUUCAACCAAUUUUCCAACAACCUGUCAGAAAAAUAGUACCCAUUGAUGGAAAAGUUACUGUUGAUUUUAAUAUUAUUACUGAGCUCAGGCUUACAGAUGAGAACGAAAGGCCUAUUAGAAUAGAAGCUACAGUUGAAGAAGAAUUAACUGGUAGAAGGCAGAACGUUUCAGUCGAGAUAACGUUGCAUAAACAUAAAUAUACUAUGGAAUUAAUAAAAACAUCUGAGUAUUAUAAACCAGGAUUAAAAUACACGGCAUUCAUUAAAUUGGCUUAUCAUGAUGGGGCUCCUGUUCAAGAUACAAAAAAUCCUGUUUUAAUAGCUUAUGGAUACACUUAUAAUCAAUCAGCUUUUUCCAAUGUUACACGUUUCUUAGACAAAAAUGGCAUGAUACAAUUAGAUUUUUAUCCACCCAUUGCUAAAGAUGAUAUUUCUGUUCCACUUAAUAUCGAGGCACAAUAUUUAAAUUUACACGAGUGGUUUUCCAGUACCAAUCAAGCCAUGUCGCGUAGUAAUCAAUACAUACAAGCGAUUUUGAAAACAGAAAAUCCCACUGUAAAUCAUGAUGUCGAGAUCGAAGUUAAUUCCACAACUCCGCUUAAAUAUUUAAGCUAUGAAGUGCUUGGUCGUGGUGAUAUCUUAGAUGCUGGUUCUGUAUAUGUACAAGAUAAACAUAGUAUCAAAUUUAAAUUUUUGGCUACAUACGUUAUGGCACCAACGGCACACGUAAUCGUUUAUUACAUUCGAGACGAUGGCGAAGUUAUUGCAGAUGCAUUAGACGUGGAACUAGAAGGAGCGCUACAAAAUUAUGUCGACAUCAAAAUUUCACCGGAAGAAGAAGUCGAACCAGGAAAGGAUGUUAGCUUGAUGAUUAGCUCUAAACCAAAUUCAUACGUUGGAUUAUUGGGUGUCGAUCAGCGUUCUUUUCUAUUAAAAUCAGGAAACGAUAUAUCUUAUGAAAAAGUGGAAAAAGAAUUAAAAUCAUACGAUACAAUAGAAGAAUCUCCUUAUUCAGACUUCGACCUUUAUCGUUCAUUCUGGAGACCAGGAUCAGGUACAGCCAACGAUGUAUUUAGGGAAACUGGUGCCGCCAUUCUUACUAAUGGAUAUCUUUUUGAAUAUUUAUUGCCAAGACACCAAGGAAAUUGGGAAGGUAGGCUUGAAGGGUCAUCUCAUGGAGCGUCUACGCUUCGACCAGAUCUUGGUCCACCCGUAACGCUCAGAUUAGCAACAAGGCCACCAUUGGCAGGUCCUUAUGCAUUCUCUCGCAUUCCACCUCCUGUUUGGAAUAAGCCCCGUGUAUUCCUUAUGCAUGACAUCUUAAACACUUGGCUUUUCACAAAUUUUUCUUCAGGGAUCAAAGGAGAAACCGAAUUUCGACGCCCUGUACCAGACUCUAUUACAUCGUGGGUAGUUUCAGCAUUCUCUUUAAGUGAUGUACAUGGAUUAGGUCUCAUCAAUGAACCAAGAAAGCUAAAAGUUUUUAGACCCUUCUUCAUUUCUAUGGAUUUGCCUUAUUCCGUGAUAAGAGGAGAGAUCGUGGCAAUACAAAUUGUGGUAUUUAAUUACUUUAAUAAAAAUGUGGUAGCCGAUGUGUUGUUAGAAAAUGCCGGACAAUUUGAAUUUGCAGAAAUUUCAAAUGAGGUCCACGACACGCCCAAAUUGGAAUUAUAUCGCAAGAAAAAAGUAGAGAUUAAAGCUAAUACUGGUUCAAGCGUAUCGUUUAUGAUUAUUCCAAGAGAAUUAGGAUAUAUAACGAUCAAGGCUACAGCGCAUAGUCCAUUAGCAGGGGAUAGUGUUGAACACAAAUUACUUGUAAAGUCUGAGGGUGAAACACAAUACGCGAAUAAGGCAAUAUUUAUAGAUUUGAGAAGUGAAAAAAGCAUGCAAACAAAUAUCACAAUUGAGAUGCCUAAAAAUAUAGUGCAGGAUUCAGAACACAUUGUGAUUUCAGCAGUAGGUGAUAUCUUGGGUCCUAGUAUACCUAAUUUGGCAAAUUUGAUUAAAAUGCCAUUUGGAUGCGGCGAACAAAAUAUGUUGAACUUUGUGCCGAAUAUUGUUGUAUUAGAUUAUUUAAAGAAUACAAACCAAUUGAAACAAGCAAUACAAGCUAAAGCAUUGAAAUAUUUAGAAAUUGGUUAUCAACAAGAAUUGACAUAUAAACACAAUGAUGGAUCAUUCAGUGCAUUUGGCAUGUCCGAUCCUAAUGGAAGUACAUGGCUCACUGCAUUUGUAGCUAAAUCAUUCCAGCAAGCAAAAGAUUAUAUAACUAUCGACGAUAAAGUAAUAGACGAGGCUUUGCAAUGGUUGUCCAAUAAUCAAGCUGAAAAUGGUAGUUUUCCUGAAGUAGGAAGAAUCAGUCAUCGUGAUAUGCAAGGUGGAGCUGCUAAAGGUCUCGCAUUAACAGCAUUUACACUUAUCUCAUUCCUCGAAAAUCCAGAAGCGACAGAAAAAUACAGAAAUAAUAUAAAUAGAGGUGUAGAUUAUAUUGUACGAAACAUGGAUGGAUUAGACGAUCCGUAUGCAUUAAGUAUAUGCACGUACGUAUUGAAUUUGGCCAAACAUCCAUACGAGACUAACGCAUUUUAUGCGUUACAAUCUAAAGCAUUGACGGAAAAUGAUAUAAAAUGGUGGAGUAAACCAAUUGCAAAAGAUGACAAAAAUCCAUGGCAUUCUUUAUUACCUCGUUCUGUAGACGUAGAAAUGACAUCUUAUGCUUUACUUACAUACUUGCGAAGACAUUUAAUUGCUGAUUCUAUCUCCAUAAUGAAGUGGUUGGUUAAACAAAGAAAUUCAGAAGGUGGUUUUGCAUCUACACAAGACACCGUCAUUGGUAUAUACGCAUUAGCGCAAUUAGGUGCAAGAUUAAUGUCAAAAGACAAUUCUGUUUUUAUAUCGUUAUUCUACGAAGGAGAACAAAGUCAAUUAAGUAUAAAUUCUCGCAAUGCUAUGAUACUUCAGAAACAAAUUCUUCCAAAGAAAACUCGUUUCGUUAACAUCACUGCAAACGGUAAUGGAUUUGCCAUAAUUCAAGUAUCAUACGAAUAUAAUUUGAACGUAGCUGGUGCUUGGCCAUUAUUUACUUUAGACCCUCAGGUAGAUCGAAACUCUAAUGCUAAUCAUUUGCAACUAUCUAUUUGUUCUGGGUUUGUACCAACGAGGGAAGCUAAUGAAAGUAAUAUGGCUGUUAUGGAAAUAAGUUUGCCGUCAGGUUUUACAGUUGAUAGAGAUUCCCUACCUAGUCUUGAAGUUUCACAAAAUGUUAAACGUGUAGAAACUAAGAAUGGUGAUACAAUGGUUGUCUUGUAUUUCGAUAAGAUGGUCGUUCACGAGUAUUGUCCUACCGUAUCUGCGUAUAGAACACAUAAAGUAGCUAAACAAAAACCAGUACCUGUAUCUAUUUACGAUUAUUAUGAUUCAUCGAGAAGAGCACGAGCAUUUUAUGAGCCACGAGUUGCAUCGCUUUGUGAUAUUUGCGAGGAUAAAGAAUGCGAGGAUGUUUGUCUCUCACAACCUGAUAAAAGGAAAGAUAAUGAUCAUGCAUCUGCUGUGGCAUCAUCUUUAUGCAUAAACGCAUAUGUGACGUCCUUGCUCGUUUUGUUUUCUGUUUCACUCUAUAAAUAUUUGUAAAUAUAGGAUUUAGCGUGAAAAUACAUUUAUACGUAAUAUUUACAAGUGACAUAAUAUUAAAGUAUAGACCAGUGUUUCUUAAACUUUAUAUGUUUGGUAAAAAUAUUCAGUAAUUUUUUUUGUAGAUAUAAAUAUUUCUUUAUUUCUUAUUUCUAUAUUUUAUUUUUAAAAUUUACAUUAACAAAUCUAAAAGGAUUAAUUUCUUAUUUUAAUAGAAAAAGCCAUGACAUCAAGAUGUUAAACUCGUGUACAUAGUUUGAGAAACAUUGAUAUAUAUAUAAACGUGGUAUGUAAGUGCUGACCAAAGUACUUUUCAAAUUUACAGAAUUUGCAAUUUUCAAGUUGCAGAUUUAAUAUUACUUUACUGACAAAGCAGAAUAGUUUAACGUGUAAGAAAUUAAUUUUAAAUUUAUCUAAAAACAAAAUAUAUUGUAAAACAUAUUACUAAA